AUGAAGGUGCACUCCGAAAGGCCGCCAGGGUCUGACGAGCCGGGUGUGAUUCGGCGGUUCGUCGAAAGUCGUCUCAUCGGCAAUUUCGACUCGGAGACCUUCUCGGAGGCAUGGAAAAAGAAGUUCUCGCAUGCGCCUACAUGGUGCGAUGCCGAUAUGUCGCUGCAGCAAAUCAACAGGGGAAAAGCUCGUGGAAACCGUAUUGCCCUUUAUGCCCGCGCAUUCUUCCAAUUAUGGCUCUACCGAAUCGGAUGCUUCGUUCAGACCUAUGCGUGGUCAACAAUCCUUAUAAGUAUGGUUUUGUACACAUUAUGCCUCGGCGGUUUGAAAAACGUGGUCAUUGAGACCGAUCUUGUCAAAUUGUGGGUGUCGGAAGGCGGAAGACUCAAUGAGGAAAUGAACUAUUUGGCGAGUGUGCGGAACACUGCGCAAAGGGUGAAACGAGAAGCUGCCGGUGCCCGCAGAGGACCAGAACUGCCCAAGGAGAAUGGUCUCGGUGGAGGGUUCCAGGUGGUUAUUCAAACACCAUCCUAUGAAGGGGAAAAUGUUUUGACGAAAGAGGCUCUUCAAAGACAUACCAAAUUGAUGCAGGAAAUUGCGAAUUAUGAAGUUGAUAUGUUCAAUGAGAAAUGGACCCUUUCUGAUAUUUGCUUCAAACCGCCUGGACCAUCUUUCAACAGCGGACCAUUGGCAGGAAUUAUGUCGAAACUGCUUGAUAAAAUCAUACCCUGCAUUUGGAUCACUCCAGUAGAUUGCUAUUGGGAUGGAGCAAAGGCUCUUGGGCCAAACCCACCACUCAACCUUGGACCAGAGGUCACGAGUUUUAUUUCAUCGCUUCCACAAGGAAAUGUCACGUGGAAGAAUCUUAAUCCAACGUCGGUUAUCAAGGAAGUCGGACAACUAUUUGAUCUGGGACCAAUCGGAAACUUCUUCGAGCGUGCCGGUAUUGACGGAGCUUAUCUCGAUCGGCCGUGCAUUGAUCCGCUUGAAGAGGAAUGCCCGAAAUCGGCUCCAAACUACUUUGAUAAAUGCGCUUCAUUGAAGAAGUUCAACGAAUGGAAUUUGGCGAAAUCGCUUGAAGAGCAGGUGAGAAUUUAUUCGAAAUUACUAUUCCGAUCGAUAUUGUUCAAAACUUUUCCGUGCGCUUCGAGUAGGUGA